GGUGCGUGGUUCGCGGUAAAUUUUGGAAAAUGGCUAUUUACGCUUAGUUAUCUCACUAUGAAGUGAAGUUACGUGAGUACAGGCUGUCCAUGUUUAUUUAGUCCAAGGCAUGUAGUUAUUGUCAACUGAAGCUAACUUAUUUAGUCAAUUUUAAGUCAAUCUUUAAGUCAACUUUAAGUCGCUAACAACCAGUUUAAAGUGUUUAAGCAAGGCUAACGUUGCCUCUGGGUACCUGGUCUAGAUUACUCAUCAGUUGCUUCAGAUAGCUAAACUCCUGCUAAUCUAACGUUAAGUCUACCAUAAAUUGACUGGCAAAAAAGGUAGUUUAGGUUAAAGUUAGAAAAGGGUGUACAUGACAAAGUAUGGUCUUUUGUAUCAGGUUAGCUCUCUAAACGUCUUUGAAAAAGUAAAUAUGCCGUAUGACAGCCGAUAAAGCUAAAGGGAAAAAAUACAAAUUAAUUUAGUCUAGGUUAGCUCGACUAUACCAGCAGAUCAACGUACAUUAUGGCUACCUAGCUAGACGGUGUCUUUAGCUGCACGCUUUCCUUUGUACUAGGUAACGUUAGCAGUUUCCUAAAAUUUAGAGUUGAGCGGGUGUUGGCAACGUAGUUAGCUAGCUAUAUAGGUCUUUGUUGAAAUAAAAGUUACUGUGUGCAGUUGGGAGGAUGCCAAGGCGCAGCAACUGGGGAAACAGGGUUAAAAAUGUGGAGUCACUGGCCCUGUCCUUCCAGCACUGUCCACUGGCAAACCCCUAUAAACCGCGGUUAUCCAAACCAUGGCAACCGGAGACCGUGUGGAGACUCUUCCCCCGACAAAGUGACGCUCUCUCAUUUGCCAAGUGCAGUAAGGAGGAUGUGCACGUGUUUGCACUAGAGAAGGACCAUGCCAAGACGGGUCAAAGAAUUUUCCUUGUGACCAGCUACACGGAACUCUGGCAUUACUACAAGACAUACAGACACUCCCUAAUGCACUGCUAUGAGGUCAUUCCAGAAGGUGCUGUCUGCAAGCUGUACUUUGAUUUGGAGUUCCACAAGCCUUCAAACAGGGGCCGGGAUGGGAGGCAGAUGGUAUUAUCAUUGAUUCAGUUUGUGUGUGGAAAGCUGGAGGAAGUCUACGGUGUGAAGUGUUCAGCUGAGUACGUGCUGAAUUUGGACUCCAGCACUGAGGAGAAAUUUAGCCGCCAUCUCAUAUUCCUCCUCCCCAAUGCCGCCUUCAAGGACAACAUUCAUGUUGGCCAUUUUAUCCAUAAGAUCCUGCAGCCUGCUCUGGACACUGUCCGGAGGAGGAGGAGUGGUGGUCUGGAUUCAGGUGACAUGGGCAUGACCAAUGUCACCCCAGGAACCACUACUGACCCGCUCUUGUCAUUGGACCACACACAAGAAGUGGGCGGGGAUCUGCUGGGGACUCCAGUGCCCAAGAGACCAAGGCACGGAGAGGAUGACUACGACUUCCUGUUUGUUAAAGACAAAGAAGGCCUUGACCAACUCUUUGUAGACCUUGGCGUGUACACCAAGAACAGAAAUUUCCGCCUCUACAGGUCCUCGAAAGCUGGGAAGAACGCUGCGUUCACCGCGGCUGAGGAUAACGCGUUCGUCACUAAACCUGAUGGACGCGUAUCCGCGGAGGAGAGCAUAUUUCUGUCCUCCUUAGUCAGUAAUGUGAGCUUCACAGGCCAGAAGAUUCUGAUGUCAGAGGUCCCUGAGACAAAGGAGGACAAGCAGAUUCUGUGCCCUGCCCCGCACCCCUCCUCGGUCUCGUCAGACUCUGUCGGAGGGUACCAGCACUCCCCUUACAAAGAGGUAGACGACUUUGUCCUCUCCUUGGUGACCAGAGACGGUGUCGAUGGAGGUAUACGGCGGUGGAGCCUGUUUGUGUGUGAGCAGCUCCUGGUGUACGACAUCCUGAGGUACCGAUGGUGUCAGAAUGUAGGGAGGCACCACAAGAGCAACAACAUCAUGAUCCUGGUGGAUCUGAAAAAGGAGGUUUGGUACCAGAAGUGUCAUGACCCCGUCUGCAGAAGUGUGAACUACAGAUCCUCAGAUCACCCCCUGCCAGAGGAGGUCUGCCUCAGUCACUUCAUGAGAGAGGACGAGGAAGAGGAGGGGUAUGAGAUGGAUGAAGCAGGAACUAUUGAGCCCAGGGAGAGGUCAGCUGCAGCACUCGACCCCACGCGGCUACUCGACCAGGAGGAGGGGCCUGAGCGCGAGGACGACUGGCAGGAUGACCACGCCUACCUGCAGGCCCUGGAGGACGCGGAGAGGAGCGUCUUGCUGGAGGACGAGACCGCCGCUACCCCUCGGUGCCACGGCGAUGACCUUCCGGACGACCUCUUGCUCCAAACGCUGGCAGAGUUUGAGACCUCCAGUGACCAGAUAUGUGCUUCCACCAGUAUGCCUUAAUUGACCUCAGUAUACCUGAGACAAGCACCUUAGCUACAGAUCACCGUACACAAACCAGAGAUAUAUCCACAUAUAUACCCUAUAGAUACUUCCCUGAAAUGAACAUUGGGAGUCUUGUAGGGUGAUGCAGUAUUGCCCAUAAACCAGAGACCAAAUGUGUGGUUUAGAGCCGAGGUAGGGCUAGCUUUUUGGAGUUUUUGAAGCACUCGCCUGAAUAAUUUACUAUAAUCAGCAAUUAAAAUGUAUUAAAGAUGUACAUAAGUAUUUAUAAGUAAAAAUGUAUACUUAAACAUUACAUUGUUUACUUACUAAGAUUGUGGUAGUACAGAUGCAGCUGUUUUAUGUUUUAGAAAUAAUGGCUACCAUUAUAUAGUAAAGAAUGUGCCGAAAUAUUCAAUAAGAGCUUUUAGUAUAUCUUGCUUUUCACACAAAACACAAUAUUGUUUUCUGACUAGUGUGUGAAUACAAAUCAGAAUAAUUAAAGACAGGACAAAAAAGUGAGAAAUACACACACAACAGUGUUUAUUUGGUACUGUCGACAUUUUUUGAAAUAUAUGCAUCUGUUAUCUGUACAAAACAUGUACAACGCCAAAAAAAAAACAUUAAAGCAAGCUUUGAAAGGCA